AUGGAGAACUCGCUGCUGCUGCUCAGCCUGGGACUGGUUCUCACAGGAGCUUCCGAAAGCACAGUGGAGGUAACUAAAGAAGAAUUUGCGGCGAAGAAAGUGCAACAUGCCUUGGCAAAGAGUGGCCGAGAAACACAAACUGAUGAGGCGUUAAUGAACUUGACCUUGUUAGAUAAAAACACCAGUCCCAGCCUGUCCAAGGAUAUGAUGUCUUCCUCAUUACUGACAUUUAGGAAGUUACAGUAUAGAGUCUCCAAAGGAAACAGUCCGAGUAGUGACAGGGAAUGCUGCAAUGAAGUGACUAUCUGGAGAAAAGCUUCGGAAGCCAACGGCUCUUGCAAGCUGAGCAAUGACCUCACCUGUGGCACCGUGGAAGGGAUCCGUGGGGUCCAGAAGAUGCCCAGCUGCGAGUGUGGAGAGAAUCCUGGCGUAAGCUGCUGUCAGAGUGCGGAACUGGAGAAUACUGUGUGCCAGCUCCCCACGGGCAGACAGCUCCCCAGGUGCCGGUACCACAGUGUUACUUCAUUGAAGAAACUGCUGACGGUGCUGACCGGCCAUUCUCUGAUGAGCUGGUUAGUCAGUGGCUCUAAACUGUAA